AAAACAAAAGCCUUUAUACACGUGUCACUUUCGGGGACGUUUAGUCGCUUUGUAGUUUUAUAGUAGUUUAUGUAGACUAGAAUGGAGGGCAACGAUCGUUCACCUGCAGUUACGGCCAUACAGGAUACUAAUGGUGAUCCAGGGAAAAUUUUUGUCGGUGGUCUGAGCAAAGUUACUAACGCAGAUCGUUUAAAAGAGUAUUUUAGUAAGUACGGUGAAAUUAAGGAAUGUUUGGUUAUGCGUGAUCCUGUCACGAAAAACUCAAGAUGUUUUGGAUUUGUCACAUUUCAAGACCCCGCAUCCGUGGAAGAUGUUGUUGGCUCAGGACCUCAUAGUUUAGAUGAUCAGACGAUUGAUCCAAAAGUCGCUAUUCCCAAAAGACCUCAACCUAAAUUUGUGACGAAAACCAAGAAAGUAUUUGUUGGUGGGCUCUCUCCAGAAACGACCGAGGACGAUCUUCGCUCAUAUUUUCAAAAUAAUUAUGGAAAGGUGUCGCAAUGUUUGCUUAUGUUUGAUACGACAACGAAACGUCAUCGUGGUUUUGGAUUUGUAACGUUUGAAAAUGAAGAAAUUGUCGAUAAAAUAUGUGAAGAGCGAUUUCACAAGAUCAAUGAGAAGAGGGUGGAAACAAAAAAAGCUCAACCAAGAGAGGUAAUGAACCCACAAAAUAGAGGAAGAGGAAGAGGAAUUUUUGGAAGAGGAUAUGGGUAUUAUUCACCAUUUCCUGCGUUUGGUUCUUUUCCUGCACCACUUGGCUAUCCUUUGCCUGGUUACCAAGCAGCAGCGGCUGCUAAUGCAGCAUAUACGGCUGCACAGCAACAACAACCUACGCCACCUGGAAAACAACCACGAAGUGCAGAACAACGAACGCGGCCGACAUUUACUUAUACUUAUCCAUCGUUACCCAAUUACUAUUCCUCUUUUAUCAACCCAUCUGCUGAUCGACGUCCUCAUUACUAUGCAGAAUACGCCAAUCUAUCGAGUCCAGGCCUUCCAGCUACACCUGCUAGCACGUCAGCACGUUCUGAUGGUCAAACAGCUGUCGAAUAUUCCGACUAUACUGGUGUUCAAGUCAAUGGAUACUCACCUCAAAGUUUUGCUGCGCCCCCAUCUCCGCUAUCUCGAUUUGCCCCAACAUCAAGUCCUGGACCCAUGAUACCAGAUCUUGCUAACUACAUUUCAUCUGCCACCGAGAAUGCGUUAGGUUACUCUGCUUCAAGUCCCCAAACCACAACAUUCGCUCACCCAAUGGCGAUUUCUCUGCGGCAAUAGAUGUUGAAAUGAAGUAAAAUAGUAAGUCAACGUCACAGAUUGCUGAGAGAAUCGAUGUUUCGAUGAACUUACCUUCACGGUAAGUGGCAAUUUCGAGAAUAAUGUUGACAAGAAAGAUUUAAAAAGCAGAUAUGAAGCCAAUGUGCCAAUAUUUUGAUUUGCAAACAACGUUUAAGUUAUUCUUGAAGUUGUCAGUUUCCAGAACAAGAAUGCCACGGCCUACCUCACUUGAGAAGGAAAAAGUGGUUUUGUGGCUUUACGUUUAUAUAAAAUAUCAUCAAUUAUAGUUUCACAUUUUAUCUAUAUUAGCGUAGGUUUUACUAUUCAAUCUUCAUUUAAAGUCCUUACAUUUUAAGAGUUUUAUUUAAUUUUUCUAACAUGCGAUACCGUCCUUAAAAAUUGUCGCUAUUUCAUUCUUUUGUUAGCGAAAACAUAUAAACAAUAAGGGCACUGCGCAUGCCCAUGAAAAUCGUUCUUUGCGCAGUAUGUCGUGAAAUGUUUAUUAAAUUAUGGUUGUAGUUUACGACGUAAAAUAUUUGAUGUAUUAUGUUUAUGAGUAAAGAUGUACAUGAUGAAACAUUAAAAAUAACCUAAAUGUAUGUUACCUGACUUAAUGUAAUCGAUAUUUAAAGGCUGGUUUGAGAAAAACCACAAUAGAGUAGACAUUUUGACAUCUAAUGUCAUGGAUAUAUUAAUAAUUUAAACGCUACAGUACUUAGGUCAGGUAUAAAGAAAUAGGUUGAGGUGAGGGUUUUGUGUCGAAUUUGAAAAGAAUUACUCAUUAGAGCACAUUUUAAAGUAGAGAAAUUUUUAAGGAAAAUUGGCUGUUUCAGCUGUUAUAAAAUCAUAUUUAUUGUUUCAUAUGCCGUCUUGUUGAUAAUGCUACUUGUAGGGCGAGUAAUUUCUUUCAUCUUCAACGGGUAUUAUUCGUAUUUAAAAUAAGUUAUACAGCAUUAUCAGUAAUAUCUGUUCACUAACUAAUGUAAAAUAAAUUUUAUCUCAUUUACAAUGUAAAUCAAAUUUUGUCAAAAA